AUGUCGAGCCAAAAAGUCAUCCGCAUCAACGGCCCUCGCAACUCGGUCGAGAACCUGAAGGAGUUCCAGGAGCCUGUGCCCGAGCCGACCAAGUACGAGGUUCUGGUCAAGGUGCACGGCGUGUCCUUGAACUACCGGGACAUCGCCGUUGCCACCUCGCUCUACCCCUUCCCCGUCAAGGACAAUGUGGUCCCUUGCUCGGACGCCGCUGGCGUCGUGGUGAAGGUCGGUGAAGGCGUGAAGAAUGUCACCGUUGGUGACCACGUUGUUGGUACUUUCGACAUCACCAACCUCUUCGGCCCCCAAUUGAACUGGGAGAAUGGCCAAGGUGGUCCCAUUGACGGCGUGCUUCGCGAAUACGUCUGCAUCCCGGCUGCCUCGGCGGUGCAGGUUCCCAAGGAAUCCGCUUUGUCCUUCUGCGAAUGGUCGACUCUGGUCUGCACAGGUGUAACUGCGUGGAAUGCGCUGUAUGGGAACAUUCCCCUCCGACCUGGCCAGACGGUGUUGUUCCAGGGAACCGGCGGCGUCUCCAUCACCGGCCUGAUCCUGGCCAAGGCGGCCGGCGCCCGCACCAUCAUCACCUCCUCCAGUGACGAGAAGCUCAAGCGCGUCCAGGCCGACUACGGCGUGGACGAGGUGGUCAACUACAAGAUCCACCCCGAGUGGUCCAAGGAGGUUCUCCGCCUGACCCAGGGCCAGGGGGUCGACUACAUCUUCGAGAACGGCGGAUCGGGCACCAUCGGCGAGUCCCUCAAUGCCGUCAAGAUGGGCGGCAACAUUUCGGUGAUCGGUUUCCUGUCGCAAGCCGACCAGGCCAAGAUGCCGGACGUCGCGGCUCUCGCCCUGUCCAAGGGCGCCGUUGUCCGCGGUAUCACCGUCGGCUCCACGCAGCUGCUCCAGGAGGUGACGCGGUUCGUGGCGACGCGGGGUCUCCGGCUGCCCGUGGAUAAGGUCUUUGAUUUCAAUGAGAAGGCCGUCGUGGAGGCCUACAAGUAUGCUGCCUCUGGUGCGCAGAUCGGGAAGGUGUGCAUCAAGGUUGCCUGA